GCAGCGGUAGCAGUCAGAGCAGCUGUCAUGUGAAUCAGCUGGACCACCAAGGAAGGGGAUAAACAACAACUCCACUCCGUCUCUUUAAAUUAAGAUUAGAUCUGGUGAGGCGGCAGGAUGGCGGGAGCAGAGGUGUACACCCCUGCAAACCCCACCUGCAAGAUUAUGACCUUCAGGCCCACCAUGGAGGAGUUCAGGGACUUCAAUCAGUACCUGGUUUAUAUGGAGUCUCAGGGUGCACACCGCGCAGGCCUGGCUAAGGUGAUUCCUCCGAAAGGCUGGAAGCCCCGUCGUACCUAUGACGACAUAGAUGAUCUGAUGAUCGAUGCUCCCAUUCAGCAGAUGGUGGCAGGCCAGUCAGGGCUCUUCACUCAGUACAACAUCCAGAAAAAGCCUCUUAGUGUGCAGGAGUUCAGGCGACUAGCUAACAGUGACAUGUACUGCACGCCACGCUACCUGAAUUAUGAAGAUCUCGAGAGGAAAUAUUGGAAGAACCUCACUUUUGUCUCACCCAUAUAUGGUGCUGAUGUCAGUGGCAGUCUCUAUGAUGAGGAUGUAGAGGAGUGGAACAUUGGCCACCUGAAUUCCAUCUUGGAUGUUAUCGAGGAGGACUGUGGUGUAUCCAUCCAGGGGGUUAACACUCCAUAUCUAUACUUUGGCAUGUGGAAGACCACUUUCUCCUGGCACACUGAGGAUAUGGAUCUGUACAGCAUCAACUACCUCCACUUUGGCGAGCCCAAGUCCUGGUAUGCCAUUCCCCCUGAGCAUGGGAAGAGACUGGAGCGUCUGGCUACAGGUUUCUUUCCCAAUAGCUUCAAGGGGUGUGAGGCUUUUCUUCGUCACAAGAUGACUUUAAUCUCCCCUUCCAUACUGAAGAAGUAUGGAAUUCCCUUUGAUAAGAUUACUCAGGAAGCUGGAGAGUUCAUGAUCACCUUCCCUUACGGCUACCAUGCUGGCUUCAAUCAUGGCUUCAACUGUGCAGAGUCCACCAACUUUGCCACUGUCCGCUGGAUAGACUAUGGCAAGGUGGCCACACAGUGCACAUGUAGCAAGGAUAUGGUGAAGAUAUCCAUGGAACCCUUUGUGAAGCGUUUUCAGCCUGACCGGUAUCCUAACUGGAUGGUGGGCAAAGACUCGACACCUAUCGACCACACACAUGCCACUCCCAGUACAACACCGGAGCUGCAGAGCUGGUUGCAGAGGCGCCGCAAGACCAAACCUACUAAUAAAGGCAGUAGCCACUCUCGUAUGCGCUCCAAGCGCCUCAGAACCACAGAGGAGCCUGUUGGCUUGGAUGGCAGCUCAGCUCUGAGCAACAGCAAGAGGAAAGGCCUGGGUGGUCCGCCUGGGCCCAAGGUGCGAAGGGCUGUGGCAGGAACAACCUGCAGGGAAGAAGAGAAAGAGAAGAAAAAAGAAGCUGAGUCAAAGCACAACCUGAAUCAGAACUCUAUUCAGCUUCAUGAUCCUUGCAGACAGAUGUGUGUGGUCAAGGUAAAUCGUGUCGAGAGCAAUAGUUUGGGAUUUUCCAGCAAGAGGCCAUCCUAUAACUCUCACUGCAGCCUGUUUCCCUCCCCUGCCUCACCAAUAAAGAAUGACCUAAAGGCAGAAACAGUCACUCAUAUUGACCCUCAACACCUCUCAGGGUCAGGGGCCACAAGCAGGACUCCUGAAGGACUCAGACAACAGCCUGAGGCUACCCAGAUGCAUCCUGCAAUUAAUGAGUCAAGGUGUUGCUCUCCUGAACCACAAGACCUCUCAACUUCUCAGGACUGCUCUAUCAGAGUUACUCACCUGGAGGCCAACAAACCCAGCUCAUCUUCCAACACAACAAGCACUUGUGCUGAGACUGAGAUGAGCUUGUGUCCCCCAGACUGUGAACCUCAGACAUCUAGUUCCUCAUGUAGAGAAGACACUUUAAGCCUAACACCAAACACUGACAGCAACAUGGACACAGGUACUGAGAAUUACACUAACAACACUGCUAAAGCAGAGAAAAUGGACACACUAGUUGACACAAAACAUAUCACUCCACACUCCACUACAGAAGCACUUUAUGAUCUCAAAGCUGAGCCAGUAGAGGGGGAUAGUUACACAUCAUGUGGCUCCUUCUCCCCUUCAGGACACAAUUGCAGUUUAGAAAAAAGCAGCACUGAGGAAAAUCUUUUCCCUCCUCUGCUACAGAGGAAUGCAGUGGAUAUGCCACAACUCACUCCUGAGCCAGCAGAUAAGGUUGGAAUCUGCCCUUUGCCACCUGUACUAACCCAAGAGAUGCCCUCCCUCACCCCGGCAGAUGAUGGGCUAACUGAUGAACCAAAGUCUAGUAUGUGCAGUCACCAGGUUGCACCUGUGCUACAGCGGGAGACGCCAACUGGCUCUCUGUCCUCACAUGGAGCCAAACGGGAAGAGAGAGAAACUGAAUUAAUGACAUCAAAAGAGUCUCUUACUGUAGAACACGCCAACAACUGGCAUUUAGAUUCUCCGUAUAAUUGCGAAGGGGCAGCAGUGUCUGGUUUAGAAGGAAACACGGCUCAUUUAACUGCCAAUGCGAUGCACAAAAUAACAUCUGGUAGUGCCCACAAAAUGCUAAUAAUGCCAGACAUUGCUGUAGAAAAGGAUCAUACAAAGCUGGAAAAUCUUACUCCUGGACAGAGUGAUGCUACCCCUGGCCAGCUAGUUCAGAGUGGUGCACCUCAAACAGAGCAGCAUUCCAACUUAGCAGAGUUAGCAAGUACAGAUGACUCCAAAGAGUCAACAGAAAGAGACAGUACAUUCAGUCUGAGCAGUGCUGGAUCUCUUUUAACUGGUGCCUCAAACAAUAAUCCCCCAGCCCCUUUCCCUCCAUUAUGCACUCAAAGUGACAGCCACUCAGCAUUACAACUAAAUCACCACACUACAUUCUCACCUUCCCAUUGUACUUCCCAGAACCCAUACAUGGAGCCCAAAUCAUUCUCCACCAGCAUCUGGAAAAACUUCAGUUCCCAGAGUCCUGCAGUCCUCAUUCAGAGUUUGCACCCUGAGCUCCCUUCCGACUUCACCCAUGACCCCCUACCUUACACCAUGUGGACUGAACCUCAGUGCAAAGAGGUCACAGACCUGGAGGACCCAGAUCAAGACCUGCGCGAGUCAGAGAACCAGGAAGAAGAAGGUGGGCCCCUCACCUGGGCGCAGCUCGAGCCCACCUCUCUAGUUUCUGUUGGUGCUGUUGAGCCACUGGGGCUUUGUGGAGAUUAUGGGCUCCACAGAGGGGAAGAGGAUGGGGCUGAAGCUCUCUCUCUGUGCAGGGAGCUAGGGAGACAAAGGGAGGCAGAGGAGAGUCUACAUUCAGAUGCAGCUGUUUCACCUCUCGGGACGGGAGAGAGAGAACAGGAUGGUGUGUCUGAUAUGGAAAUAGGGGGAUCUGAUGGCGAAGAGGCGGAGCAGCAAAGUAGUGCCAAGGGAGAGAGCAGUAGUGAGUCAUCUGAUGAGGAGGAAGAAGAAGAGGAGGAAAAUGAUACAAGUAACUAUGAGUGUGAUGAAUCAGGCCUUGAACCUGGGGAGGUUUGUGCUUACCCUGCCCUGUCAGUGAAGAGGACCACAAAGAGCUGGCGUCACCCACUCAGGAAACCUACUGCAAGGGCUGUUCCCACUGCUGUCAAACAACAGGCCACCAGUGAUGAUGAGCCCCCUGAAGCAAGCCUGGCAGAGGAGGAGGAGCAAGAAAUGGAAGUGUGGGCGAAGCCCCUCAUCUACCUGUGGCAGAACAGGAAGAGCUGCUUCACAGCAGAGAGGGAGUACAAUGCUAAUGCAGCCACCAUGCAGCCAUGCUGUGCUGUGUGCACACUCUUCAUGCCCUAUUAUCAGCCUGAAGACAAAGCAGAGGAUAAUAGACCUGCCACAGCAAAGGACACCUCCAAAUCUUCCUCUCCCAUGGAGGGCCCCACACGUCCCUGUAGAGGUCUCAGGAAGACCAAGCCCCUUGUCCCGGAGAUCUGCUUUUCUUUCCGGGAGCAGAAUUGCCCGCCAACUCCCACCAACCCUCUGCUGCAGGAAGAUGGCACCUCCCCUCUUCUCUACUGCCAGGGCUGUUGCCUGCAAGUUCAUGCAAGUUGCUAUGGUGUUGCCGCAGAUGACGUCAGCGAGCAGUGGUCAUGUGAUCGCUGUACAGAAGGAAGCUUUACAGCAGAAUGCUGUCUCUGCAACCUCAGAGGUGGAGCUCUGAAGAAAACCCAAAACGACAAAUGGGCCCAUGUGAUGUGUGCAGUAGCACUGCCAGAGGCGAGGUUCAGCGAUGAAGCCAAGAGAGGUCCCAUUGACACCAGUAGGAUCCCCAUGCAGCGAUAUAAACUGAAGUGCAUCUAUUGUCGUAAACGCUGCGCAGGGAAGCGGCAGGCAGGCGCUUGCAUCCAGUGCUCAUGUGGCCGGUGUCCCACCUCCUUUCACGUCACCUGUGCCCAUGCUGCUGGUGUAAUCAUGGAGCCUGAUGAUUGGCCGUAUGUUGUGUCAAUCACCUGCCAUAGACACCAAUCACGGAGUUCGUCAGCUAAGCAGCGAGCAUGCCAAGCAUCCAUCUCACUGGGGCAGACGGUGAUCUCCAAACACAAGAACCUGCGCUACUACAGCUCCAAGGUCACACAGAUCACCUCCCAGAUGUUCUAUGAGGUCAUGUUUGAUGACGGCUCCUUCUCCAACGAUACCUACCCCGAGGAUAUAGUGAGCAGAGAUUGUGUGAACUUGGGUCCUCCUGAAGUGGGUGAAGCUGUUCAAGUGAAAUGGCCUGAUGGGCUUUUCUAUGGUGCCAAAUACCUGGGAUCCAACAUCUCCUACAUGUACCAGGUGGAAUUUGAGGAUGGGUCUCAGGUGCUGGCAAAGAGAGAAGAUGUCUAUACUUUAGAUGAAGACCUGCCUAAAAAGGUGAAACGUAGACUUUCCACGGCCUCAAGCAUGCGUUUCCAGGAUGCUUUCUUUACCACGCAGGGGGAGAGGAAACGGCAGAGAACACCCAAUUCACGCUUCCAGAAAGACUAUGUGGCCCUGCCAGGCCUCCGUACAACUGCCAAAAGCACAUGGGAGCAACGCAGCCACAAAGGGAAAUGAAGUCAUGGACAAGGAUCAAUGACAAAUGAAUGCACUGAAUUAACAGUGGAUGUAGAGGGGAGGUUGUUUGUGUGUGUGUAUGUGCGAGUAUGCUUGUGUGUAAGUGUUUUUGGAUCUACUUCCAUCUUGACAACUAUUGCCUACACAACUUCUCUGUGAAUAGAUCAGACGAGACGGCGUAAGGGAAAUGGGGUGAUCUGGGUUAGAUGGAUGUUAAAUUGUGUGUGCUUGUACAUUAUACAUCAGCGAUUGGUGAAUGGGUGGUGUGACAGGCUGGAGGAGAUUUUUGAUUGGACAGCUGGACUCUCAUAGAAUGGGCUAACGGAGGGCAUUGUUGCCUCAGUUGCCUAGUGCUUUCACAUCUGUCAGGGAAAAUAAACGUGACUUACAAUUGUCACAUCACCCUUUUUGAAAUAAACAAAAACUUUUUUCUUUGUACAUGGAAAAUUAAAAAGUGAGAUUUUUCUAAAUAGCUCGCCUAUGGUAGCUUUUUAGGGGUCUGUUAUUUCCCAUUUUGAUUUUGAAUAUUUAUGCACUUUGCUUGUAGUAUUCUCCUCUUGUCUUAAUGUUUCGCCCCGCAUGUUAAACAUUGUCUCCUAACUGCUUCUGCUGGGCCGAGUCCAGUUGCACCACAAUGGCUUCCUCUCUGCGCGUUUUUUCUUUAAUCCACACAGACAAAAAUAUAUUGUGUAAUUUGACAUUGAAAAAUGAAUCAUUGCAGAAUAAACAAAAAAAAAACCAAAAAAAACAAAAAAAAGAAUUGACCACGUUAAUCACUUUUGAGGUAAGGAUCAGACAGGAAGCCAUGCCUGUGUGUUGGAUUUUGUGCCCUCCUAAUGUGAAAUGCUACUGUUGCUCUGUUGAAUGAAACACAUUGUUGAAAUUAUUUAAAAUUUGUAUUUAUUUUUGGCUUGCUAUAGUUAAACUAUUGCUAACUGCUGUAAGGAAAACAAUAAAAAAUUACAUAUGUUUUUUUUUUAAAUAAAACUGUCAGUUUUUAAAAAAACUAUUUCAGUUGGUAAGAAUGAAUGCACU